ACAGGGCCUGGAAGCAACGAGAGCAAUUGUGUCACUAGGCCGUGUGCGUGUGGCCACGUGAUUUCCUUUCGUUGCACGGUGCUGCUCUCCCCAUCUCCGCAACACCAAUCGUGCCAGAUCCGGCCAGAUCCCUCCAAUCCCUCCUCGUGGAGAGGAUCUUCGAUAGUGCGCGAUAUCUUUCUUGGCGAUUUCUUCCUCUUCCCCUACCCUUCCUCCCUCGUAAAGGUGUGUGCUCGCUAUACCAACCCCCGCUAUUGCUUCUUUAUAUCUCGAAUACACGUAGGUGCGUAGCAACGAAGCAGCAAACGUAGCGGCUCUCGAAACGGGUGAGCCUAACGUGCGUUUAGAGUAACACGAAAAGAACGGCUGAUGUCGCUGGGAAGUGAACGGGAGAGUAUUUGCUAUUCUCAGACGUUUCUACCGAAAACAUGCACAAACGUCGAUCCCUCGAUGGAAACAUACAGGAACAGGCUUUGCCCAUCCCUGUUCAGAUGUUCCUUUGGAGACAGUUGAGGCCAUUCAUUCGUGCGAAACUUGGCAAACUUCACGAGGCAUCCUGCACGUUCUGUCAACACGCGCCAGGCCAUCAUGAGACCAAAGAAGCUUGUACGUCUCUGGAGAAGGUGUUAGUUCAGAAUCUUCACAAUGAUUUAACACGCUCUUUGAGCCUGAUAUUGGGCACGGUGCCACGAUGGCGUUUGAUACAAGCGGCUCUUCCCUACGUUCUCCAUGCCACGGCCAAUCUUCUGCACAAUAGGAAGGAUUUUCAAACUCUCGGCGCAAUGGAGACGACUCUGCUUUACAUCCUUCACUGGAUACUACUCGAUGCUGCUGAAGAAUGCGCCGAGACCGACGCCGACCCUGGGAAUCCCUUUUACUAUCUCUUUUCCAUACCCACUAUGAGCUUAUUUGUCUAUCUUUUCGCACCGCUGUGCAAUCAUCUAAAAGAUAUCGAUUUUAAAACGAAUCUACGAUUGGAGAACGGAUUAAAAAUAUGGUCAGCUAUGUACGAAUGCCGCCACCCGGAUACACCUUGCUUCACCACACACUGUCGGAUUAAACCGCAAGCUUUGUGGAGCCGAUCUUUCAAGACUUACAAGCAGCAUCAAAUGUCCGAUGACGUGUUUGUCGGAAGAAAUAUUGAAAGUCCACCCAGUCAAUCCGUCAGCGCAUUUUCCGAUCAAAGUUCGGACAAACCGUCAGCCAAACAAUUGGACGAAGACAAUAUUUGGGUAUCAUCGCCAAAGGAUACCGUGUUUCCAGAAACCAUUCCCGAGGAGAGCUCUGGUACCGAAGACGAACACGUAAUGAUCUUCAGGUUACCAUCCCUCAGCGAAUCGGAGAAAGCACUUGACGGGGGUGAAGCUAGUAUAUUUCACGUAGCGAUGGGCAGGACUACAGGUUUCUCCAAAUUAAGAAUAGAACAAGUCACAGCAAUUUCAGCACUGGACACCAGACAAUAUCAAGAAAAAUCAUCGAGUAUCGGAGGUCUAGAGAGGGAGAAAGAAGAUCAGAAAAUGGAGAAAGAAACGGUAGAUGGAUCGAAAACAAAAGGAUCUCUGACUCAACGAGGUCCUGGUGAUUCGAGCAUCGGAGGAUUAACGAGCAGUUGCCCUGCUAUCGAUGCAGACGUUCGAGCCGCUACUUUUCUCGACGUGGCUGUGCUUAGGUGCCUUUUUGUUCCUCAAUGGCAGGAGGAAGGUGUACACUGGGCUCUACAAUUUUUAUACCAUAGAUUACGCAUGAUAAACGAAGAGACAUCUGUACAACAAAUGCCACGUCGACGUAGUAAUUCUUUACCUAUACCUAAGAUAGAAGUUUCGAUUUAUCAAAGUCCUGAAAAUAAGAAGAAGGACGUGUCGAAAGAUUUCAUGGAAGUGCCGGAAGUUCGAGAUGUUUCCUUGCUGACUGGCCAUGAUGGCGACACGAGUCAUACAAGGCGAGCCAGUGAGAAAUCGAAAAAGAGAAUGAAAAUGGCUGACCUUAAAGCAUUUGUUGAGACAAAGUUAUUAUCAAAAUCCGAAAAGGCACUUGAAAAAAUUGGCCAGGAGGAUUCGAAAAUGCUAUUUGACCAGGAGAGCCAUAGGAGCCUCGACACAGGGGAUGAUAAUUUAACGAGACCGACUUCCACGAUGUCGAAAAUUUUUGAGGCGAAGGACGUCGAUCACAUGAAACAUCCAACGAAUCUAAUAAAAGGAAAAAGCAUGCCAAGUUUAAGCUGCUUGAUUAACGAGCUGACCGCGGGAGGGUACAUUGGCGAUACUCGAAUAGAGAGGAAACAAAGUCGAUUUUACAGUCAAUCGUAUACAGCACCGAACCCCAUCAUCACAGUUACGGAGCACACGCCUACUCCUUCCCCAGACUUCAUGAAACGACAGGGUUCGAUCGACAGUCAAUUAGACGUGAUUAGUAUGCACGGUAGUCGUUUAGAUUCCGAGAGGAAACCCAGUCUAACACGAUCUCAAACGGACUCCAACAUCACUUACGCGAGCGACGAAAUACCAGAAGCGCCUGGCUCUUGUUGCUAUAUCACCAAGGAGGGAGACAUCGAUCUUCAAGUUGUUCUAAAAGCAGUGCACUCGGUCGCCUUGCGGGACAAUAAUUGUUGCACCUUAAGGGUGUGCGAGAACAUUUUAAAUCUGGUCGAACUUUUGAUAGAUAUGGGCGUGAUGAAACAGUGUCUUCGAGACGAAAUUACUGGCAGUAUAGCAGAAUCAGCGACAGCUGUAGAAAGAGCGGAGGCAGGGAAGAAGAAGGAGUCUCCGGAGAACGAGCAGGAGUAUCGACAGGACAAUCUCUCAGAGUCCAAAGUCUCGUCCCACAAUCUUCUGAUGAACUGCGUGAUCAGGGUGGUUAAGCAUCUUGGUUGUCCCCACAACUGCUCGGAAGGUAUACGCGGGCAACAAGCCGAUUUUUGCCGAUCCCAGGCGCAAACCAUCCUUAUGAAAUUGCAUCGGGCCAGCUCGAAGCAGUUCUCCCGAUUCCUGAGAUCGAUGGUGCGAGAGCAACCUAUACCCGAGGUUCUGGAAUUCUUUCACGCGUUGGUCGGAUUCUGCGUGGAUCCAAAUCAGAAACGAGGGUCGAGCAAGUCGCCCGAGAUCUCAGGAUCUCAGGGUGGCUACGCGACAAAUUUCGGGGCCAAUCUCAUGGGUGGCGGGGGUGGAGGGACCGGAAGUUCCUCCGCGACGCCUGGCACCGUGAUGGGUGCCGUGGUCGCCGCGAGCGGCGCUGGUGGCGCAUCUUACGGAUCGGUCAGCCAUGGGGCGCGAGGCAUAGAGGGUCACGUUUUCAACUACGUGUUCAAGGCGUUGGUCACGCGUUUCGUGAAGUCGUUGAAAGAGUUGAAGUCGCAGGAGAACGUGUGCCUGUACUGCGACGUUCGACAGUUCAUGUCGUACGUGAAGGAGGUGCAUGGGGGCGCUUUUCGUAGAGUGGCUUUGAGCGGGAUCCUGGACUCGGCCGACAGGCCCAACAAGAGGUGCAACAGCAACGUUCAAACGACUCGCGUGAUUAGACACAUGCAUCAAUCGGAUUUAGAGGAGCACGCUGAUAUCGGAGGGGAUACGUGUUACACUAUGGACGACAGAGGGACACGAAAGUAUUUUCUCAAAAAGAGGAGUACAUCCUCCACGUGUGCGAGCCUUCUUGAGACGGAACUGAGCGAGGAGAACGCGAAGAUCAGCCAGAGCCCCUUAGGAAAUUUGAGGAAGAAACAUCACAUACUCACGCCACGACAAAGCGAACGAAAUUUAGGGAUAGAGGCUAUGAGUUCUGGGAAAAUUCGAAAAUCAACUCGCUUUCAAAUCGGUGGCAUAGUCAAUUGGUUUCGAAAGGAAUAUGGUAGAACUGAUUCUACAGAUAGUCACGAAAGCAGCGAAUCGCCAACAGAUGGCAGUUUCGUUAGGCAAUCCAGUUUUCAUUACGGCCAUCAUCGUAAUGCGUCUAGAUCCGGACGUGGAGUCGGCCUAACUUUCCAAAAAGCGAAACGUCGAAUGGAGGAUCAGUUGAACAAGAUCGGUUUCGGAAAAAGUAAGAAGAAGGAGAGUUUAGAGGAUGCGCCAGGAAGUUAUUUCAGCAGAAGGAAUUCGAUGGAAUUCGGCGAAGCUUCCAGGGAAUCAGAGUUCGUGGUAUUGAAAGAGAGAAGACUGGUGCCCCGCAAUGCCGUCUACGAUGGAAUGCUAAGAUUCUCAUUCUUACUGGAGACAUGCCAACCGGGUUCGGUUCCUGAUCACUAUCUAAUGGCAGCGAUCUUAGAUCUUCCUUAUGCACCAGUGGUGGCGCGAGCGUCUCUCCUAUUAGAGUGCGCCCAUUUUGUUCACAUGUGUAACAAGGGGCAAUGGCCCACUUGGAUGAAAAUGAACUUGCCUAUGUUUCGGCCCUCGGUCCCAAUUAACAAUCGGAGUACAUCUAUAUCGAGAAUCCACAUGCUUCAACGUACAGCUGGAAAAUUGUUUUACCAAUGGGCAGAGGCAAUUGGAGCAAGAUUGGAAGAAUUAUUGUUGGAAGACAAGCAAAACUUUGAUCAAGUGAUAGCAAUGGUAUCUGAUGAAAAUAAACAGAGAGACUUAAUCACAGAGGACGAGGAGGAAGAUUUUCUUGACGAAGCUAGCAUAAACGGCUAUGGAUCGCAAUGUCCAAUCGCGUUACGCCUUACCGCGUGUAUUUUACUUCUGGAGGUGACAGCAUUCCUAAGAGAAACUUAUCAAACGUUGCCGAAAUUUAAUAAACUGCUUACGAAGGAACGUCCACUACCGUGGGAAAGAAUGUAUAGCAGGGAAGCGAAUCGAAGAUGGAGCAUGGCGCUUUCAUCGAUGGGCCAUUCACAAACGUCGGCCCAGAGCCUUCAAUCGAUCGUAGGUGAUCGGGAAGUGGCUCCGGAACGCAAGAUCAGUUUUGUCCUUUAUGAGCCUGACAAUGAGUCAGAAGGUAGUAGUAAAUCAACUGUUACAAUUCAAGGGGAAGAUUUUCAAAGUGCCGAAAAAGAGAAGGCGAAACGCGUGCAACCACCGCAAAGUCGGCCACUACUUCUUCGUCGUGGUACCGCUGAGAACGCGACUGGUUCGUUUAAGAAAAGGAGUUUGAAACUUCGACGCGGUACUAAAGAAGGGAAAGAGACCGAGUGCGAGGCUUAUACGGUGAAACGAGCGGAUUCGAUACAGUCAAAGAGGAAAGUGAGUUCGUUGUCGGACAGAAGCGACACGUCAGAGCCCGGUUUCGGGGGCGAGAUUAGCGGGGAAGAGUCUCCUGGAAUUCUGAUCGACGACCAACCACCCGAGAGCCCGAGCGACAGUAACGAAACCGACGAGACGAAUAAAAAUUUCCCAUGGAUGAAAGUGUUGGCCCAGUUCGCCAACUCGUUCAACUUUUACUGCUCCCAUCAGAAUUUCUGCCACCCGUAUUGCCACAGGCGGCAAAUGCGCGCGUGCAGCAGAUUGAUCAAAUCCAUAAGGAAAAUCUACGGAGAGGAGUUUGGUAUAUUGAACGGGACAGGGAUAUUCGACUUGGACACGGAUAAGAAGGAGGCGAGUAAAAAGGAGAAGCGGAGCCGAAAAGUUUCGGAGCAGGCCAGCACCCAAGUAUCCCCUGUGAGGAGGAAGGACAGCGUAGGGAAGAAGUACAAGGUCGAGAAGAAUAUGGAGGGUUCCCAGUCGGGCAAACUCGCCCAGCGAGACUCGUCUAAAGACCUGGCCGAUCAAGAUUCGGAAAAGGGGAAGGAGUCGUCGAAGAAGUCGAGCAUAGGGGAGGCAGACAAGGAGAAUUCGGCUAUCCUGAAAUACCUAAGGACCCAAGUGAAGGACGUGUUUCACGCGCCGCUCGCUACCCUGGUGAAGGGGGCGGUUGUGAUGACGGAGGAAUUGUUCAUGGACGUUCUGCCGGUCGCUUGGGAACUUCUGCUCGAGGCGAACCAAGAGGUGGCAGCUUCGGCUGCGUCUCUUUUCAUAGUUGCGGCGGUACGCGCUCCGAAUCAGGCCAGCGAGCUGAUGCACCACGGUCUCCGUCACAAUAGCACGAGCGUGCGCAUAAACGCCAUACUGAGGUUCCAAGUGUUGUGGAAGCUGAGAUACCAAGUUUGGCCACGAAUGGAAGAGAGCGCCCACCUGACGUUCAAAGUGCCUCCACCCGGUAUAGAGUUCACGUUGCCAUCGCCGAAAAUCGGCAUCGAGUCGUUGCCUGUUGUGGAUCCACCUUGGAUGCCACAGGUGAAAACGAAGGUGGAGGAGGUGACCAUUAACCAGGAGCAUCAUAGGUCCCUGGUGACGGCAACGAAAACUCGUAAGAAGCAACAAACUGAACUCAUAAAAAAGGCUUUGCAGGCACAAGACGACAAGAAACGUGAAGAAAGGGAAAACUUUUUGAUCACUACCAUACCGAUUACCGUACAGGCAGCAUACGAGCCGAGCCCUGUUGGAGAUGAUCACGAUGAAGGAAAUGUUGGAGACGAAGAUGGUGGCGAAACUAUUCCAAGAAACACGUCUCAUCAUAGCCAAUCUGCGCCUUCGUUAUUCCCUUCUUCCUUAUGCUCUGCCAUUGUACAAAUAAUUCACCUACUUGACGAUGCCGCUGUCUCAGAUGAUGGAAGCGCUGUCUACGAAGUUGCAUAUCAAGUGAUUUGGAAUUGCUUGGUAGAGGACAGUGCAUUGUUCCUGCGUUACGUGUUGGAACGUCUCACAAGAGAGAAGCAGGAAUUGAUGUUUAAAAUUUUGAGGCAUCUAAUUCGAUUCGUGCCAAAAUUGCCUCAGCAAGCCGCUUUUGCACUGUACAAUUAUAUCAUCGGAUACGUAAUGUUUUAUGCCCGUUCCCCGCACGAGGAAGGACAGAAGUUGAUUGGAACUGCGCUCUCUAUAUUAUGGAUGGUUGUGCACAGUGUGCACGGAAUCAUGUUCAAAGAUUUGAAACAAAUAUUACGAAAGGAGCAGUGUGACGCCUCCAUUUUAUUAACCGCGAACGUUCCAUCUGCAAAGAGGAUCGUAGUCCACGGUCCUCAAGAUCCGGAUGCGGGAGGGAUUCCUUCCCAGUUUCCGGUCCAAGAAGACACGCAAUUUUGCCAGAUACUUCGAGAAUCGUUGGACUUUUUUGGCAUCGAGGAAUCGAAACACAAAGAGUACUUCCUUGUUGACUACAAAACACAUCAAAUUCGAAAUUCUUCGUCCUACGUUCGAGAUUACUACUUCUUUAAGGGUAGAUCCCAAUUUUCGGAAAUCGAACUAGUUCACAUGAAACCGGAGGACGCGUUCAACGCUUUGCAACGUCAAGAAUUGGUCCACAAGUUCGUGGAAAUUGGCAAGGUUUUGUUAACGUGGGCUAUAUUGAAAAACGUCGAUAUGGUGGUGCAAAGAGUAGUUUUCCUUCACGAGGAAUUGAUGAAGCUACCUUCUUUUCCAAGAAGAGCUCUGGAAGCAGAUUUGGAUUUGUACAAAGGUGGCGAAAUUGGUAGGGAGCUUCUUGGCCUGGACGUAAUGCACAAGUUUAUGUGGGUGAAGCUGAUUGCGAGGAUGUUCGAAGCGAUGGCGGGGAAUUUCGCCUAUUCAGGGGACAUUCAUCUGUUUCUAAAUGUUUUAAACGGCGCGGUGAUUCUUCACAGCGAGGAUUCCUGCAUUUUGCGUUAUGUGAUCGCCACAUACAUAAACGCUGCCCACAAUUUUAAGAACAUAUUUUCCACGAAUGGCUAUUUGCUAAUUAUGCCAACGUUGCUGCAAUUAUAUUCCACCCAUCAGACCAACAAAUUGGUUACAACUACUGUCGAGUACGCUGUUAAACAGUUCUAUCUCAUGAACAGAAAACCGUUUAUCCUUCAAAUGUUCGGCAGCGUUUCCACCAUAUUGGACACGGAUGAGACCAGCAUCCAUGGAGAGGCGCACAAGGUUCCCUCUACGUGCCUAUUUAAUUUACUGUUGAGUCUGGAAACUCCAUCGCCUGAUCCUUUGAACAUAGAUGAAUUGGUGAAAGAGGAAAAGCCUUUGAAAGCCAUUGAUUUUUGUUAUCACGACGAGAACGAAAUGGUUACCGUGUUAGAUUGCAUAUCUCUGUGUGUAAUGGUGAUAGCUUACGCGCCCGAUUCUGUCAGAGGUCAACAAAUGUUGAUUAUUCUGGAAGCGAUACUGCCUUGCUACGUUCAACAAAUACAAUCCCCUACUUACAACAAGGAAGGGAAAACCGAGAAGGAAAUAAUACAUCAAUUGGCAGUGGCUGUGAAAACUUUAGUGAAUAAUUCUGAGGCGUUAACAAAAUAUUACAACGGGCCGCAAAAAUCGAGUCCGGAGCACAAAGGUUCUAGUCAACGAAAUUAUGGCAAGGGACCGUAUUCCCCUGGCUUCGACUUCGAGGAUGAAACCCAUACUUCCAAGUACAUAGAACAUUCCAGAGUUCGAACCUUCUACGAUCGAGACAAUGACGAUGCCGAAAGUUGUCAUAAAAAUGAGUUUCGUCGACCGCGUGACACUUUAUUGAACAUGGUAGGGGAUUUCGUGGCUCGAUGCUCGAUGCGUUUGGUGGAAUUGAAUAAAAAGUCUCAGGAUGGGAAGACGAUCGAAUUGCUGGAUCCCAAAUGUCACAUACGAUUAGCGGACAUUGCACACAGUCUUUUGAAAAUAUCUCCAUAUGAUGCAAGCACGAUGGGUUGUCGCGGUCUAAGAAGAUAUAUGAACGAUAUUUUACCUUCGACCGAUUGGUCAAGCGACGAUAUGAAACCAGCAUUGACGAAUAUUUUGCGAAGAUUGGAUAAAACUUUCAGUAAAAUACAUAAGAAAGCUUCUAUCAGAAGAAAUACCGAUUGGACAGCCGCCAGUGACCUCCUGAAGGGAGUUUACGAAACGUUGGUCAAAUGUCCUUACAUCGCGCAUUUUCAAUAUUUGAAAGCGCUACUAACUACGUGCCAGUCACUAAUCAUCGGAGAUACCCCACCAGAGGAUAUGACAUCAGCUUCCUCGGCCGCCUUAAUGAGCAAAAUACCUCCACAGCAUUUUUGCUCGACCGUGCUCCGACUGAUAGCGCUGUACGUCAUUUCUCUCGGAGAAGGAUACUUGCACGCCAUGUUCGCCACUCAAACUCGAAUCGAGAAUAUGCUUCUUAAUUUGUUGAUACCUUUAUUUUUGCGUGUGGGAACUGGAAGGAAAGAUGUACCAAAAUUGAGACAGUCCGAUAUAAAUUUUGCAUUAACCGCAGUAUUAAACACUUUAUGGCCACCAACUACGAAAACGGUACCAAUAACUGCACAAAAUUUAAAGACAACGACAGAUAUGAGAACGAGUAGUUUAACAUUUGUAGCGAGAGAUUCGAAGACUUUAACCAAAACAUCAUUGACUUUAUAUCAAGUUGCUUUUUUAGCAUUGAAGAUAAUGACGAUAUGUUUCGAAACCGAACUGAAGACCGAAUGGCCAAAAAUCUUACGUACAAUGCGUUUAUUGAACAAGCGAAACGAAGCUUCCAUGUAUCUAUGGAAUUUUAUAGAAUUCGUAGUUACUCAUCGUACCGCGUUGUACAUUCAAAUGUUACCUUUCAUCGUCCACAAGAUCGGUCAGGCACCAAUCUCGGAACACGAGAGGAACAUGCAAACUACUAUACGAACAAAGAUCAAUGGGGAUACCAAAAGCGUGCCAAAAUCGCGUGGAAGUCUGCUCACCGAUCUUAUACACGAGUUGAGGAAACUAAAGGAAGAGAUAGAAGAUCGAAAAUUCGACGAAACACAAUCAGAACCAAAGAGGAGUGUCGUAGAUAUGCAUUGUGCGACGGAAGGUCAGUCUCGAACACAGAGAUUAUCGUUAAUCGAUCUUCUGACCGGGGAUCUUGGAUCCAGAAGUCAUAUGAAUCAUCAGUCGAAUUCGAGCAGUACUAUUAAAACAACGCAACCGAGUCAAGUGUCAGCGCCACCAAAUGGUAUACAAACUGCACAUGGAUCGAGCACAAGCGGAGGUUCCUCCACUCUUCGUGAAGCUUGCGAUGGCGCCACUGAGCAGCAAGCAGAACAACAAGCACCAACAGAUAGAUCCCAACCAUCUUCUACUAGCGAUGAACGUAACCAUGUAAAGCCUCAUCCUAUAUUAACUCAUCAAAAGGCGCCAAAACUGCGCUUUCUCUCUUCUGUAGAGUUUAGGCACUCAUCAGGGGAAACUGUGACGAGCCAACUCAGCCCAACCAGUCCAAACGAAGACAGUUCAGGCGAAUCCCGCCCAGACAAACCUCGAUUACAACGCUCUAUGGGUCAAAGCAAGAAGACUUUCCGAUUGAGAAAGAGUCGAAGAAGUCACGUAGAAGCAGUGCAAGUGAAAUCAGAACAAAGUAACAAUGUAUCACAACCGCAAACUUCUCAACCAUCGAUACUAACGCCACCUACGCCAAUAAUGGAACCGUCGAGCUUCAGUAUCCCUUCCGACUCAUCGUCUAUUCGUUCGAGAAGAAGUUCCUCCAUUCGUCAAUCUGAUUGCGAAAAAGGUGGUAAUCUACUCAACGAUCAACAACUUCACGCAACGCUUCAUUACCAUCAUCACCAUCAUCAUCAUCAUCAUCAUCAUCUUCAUCUCCAAACGUCGGAUGCCUCGUGGGACGAGGAUACAUCCAGUACGUCCGGUUAUCGUGAGUCGUACAGUAUGCAAUUGGUGUCGCUAGAGAGCAGCAACAAUAACACACGUCCAAUUCAAGCACCGCCUUUGGCGUCGCCAGACUUGAACGACAUGCCCUCGACUAGUAGCACUAUGACUCACGUUUUCGAAGGAAGCUCGCCUGAUUGCUCCAUAAAUGGUAGCGGGGGAGAGAAAACCGCUCUGUUAACGGCUAGCCAGAGAACAACCUCUCAACAUUCCCUGCUCAUGGUUUUUCCGAAUCAAGACGAAGACACGUUGAUAUAGGCUUGUUAUGGAUAUCUAUAUAUUAUACACGAGGAGACUGAUUAGAAACAUAACCUCUAAUUGCUAACAAAGUGUCGGUAAUAGGGAGAAGUUGGGUAAAAGUUUGUUUGGUUUCCUUACAUGAAGGAAUAUAUUUUUGUUAUUGUUAAAUUACAUUUUGAAUAGGAUUUUGUAAAAUAUAUGAGAUAUGUUGAACUACACAAAGCAAUGUCAUUUGACUGUAUAUAU